AUGGUCAAACCUAUUGUCGCUCCAAGUAUUCUUGCCUCCGAUUUUUCUAACCUAGGUUGUGAAUGUCACAGAGUAAUAAAUGCUGGUGCGGAUUGGUUACAUUUAGAUGUCAUGGAUGGACAUUUCGUCCCCAAUAUUACGUUAGGUCAACCAAUUGUUGCCUCAUUACGUGGGGCAGUUCCUCGUGAAAAGGCCUUCUUCGAUUGUCAUAUGAUGGUUGAGAAUCCUGAGAAAUGGGUGGAAGAUUUCGCUAAAUGUGGUGCUGAUCAAUUUACAUUCCAUUAUGAAGCCACCAAGGAUCCCUUGGCUUUAGUUAAAUUGAUUAAACAAAACGGUAUUAGAGCUGCUUGUGCCAUCAAGCCUGGUACUCCGGUUGAUGUCUUAUUCCCAUUAGCGGAACAUUUAGAUAUGGCUUUAGUUAUGACUGUGGAACCUGGGUUCGGUGGUCAAAAAUUCAUGGCUGAUAUGAUGCCAAAAGUAGAACAAUUGAGAGCCAAGUUCCCACAAUUAGAUAUUCAAGUAGACGGUGGUUUAGGUAAGGAAACUAUUCCACAAGCUGCCAAGGCAGGUGCUAAUGUUAUCGUUGCUGGUACUAGUGUUUUCACUGCCAAGGACCCUGAAGAAGUCAUUUCAUUCAUGAAGAGUAAAGUUUCUGAUGAAUUGAAAUCAAGAAAUUUAUUAGAUUAA